AUGGGGUCGAACCGGCUGAAAUUGACUGUCCUGUCAGAAGACAGAUUACAGAUGAAAUGGAAAGAAACCGAAGGGAACACCAGUGGGUACAAAGUGCGAGUGAAGCCCAUGGCAGGUGACUCCGAACAGGAAGUCAUGUUGAAAACCAAGACAGCUAAAGUGACAGUAGGGGGACUGAGUCCCACGAAAGAGUACACUUUGCAGAUCUACAUCCUGAAUGGCUCUCAGGAGGCCCUCUUGGUGAAGAGGAAAUUUGUGAUUGAAGAACUGAAGAACCUCUCCCAAGCCCGCAGUAACAGAAAGCACCCAACGAUUGCCCCCGAAAAGCUAGAGUUGUCACUGGGGACCCCGGCCACUGUCUAUAUGCUGGAGACGGAUGCCACUUCGCCAGCGACCAGAGAAACGGCAACUCUGAUAAGAAGAGAUGAUGUGGACAAGAAGAGGCUAAAACUGGCCAUUUCCAAAGCGGCCAGUGAACGUACACCAAAUGUAGAGCCAACUCCAGUGUCAGCAACCCCAAUGACCCUGAAGAUGACCCUGCCGAGCUCAGUGGGAUUUCGAAUAGACUACCUUGCCCAAGAAAAAACAACCAGAGAAAACUUAAGAGAAGUUUCCCCCUUCCAGUGUGAUACCUCUGCCAUGACUGAUAUCAUUCUGCUUGUGGAUGGUUCCUGGAGUAUUGGGCGCAACAAUUUUGGACUUAUCAGAGAAUUCCUGGCAUCUUUGGUUGCGCCUUUCAACAUUGCCCGGGACAAGAUAAGAGUAGGCUUGUCCCAAUACAGCAGUGACCCACGCACAGAAUGGGACCUCAACACAUACUCUACACGUGAUGAAGUAUUAGAGGCCCUCAGAAGUUUGAGAUACAAGGGAGGCAACACAUUCACAGGAUUGGCACUGACUCAUGUGCUGGAGCAGAAUCUGAAAGCUGAAGCUGGUGCAAGAGCAGAGGCUCCCAAACUGAUCAUCCUCUUGACUGACGGCAAAUCUCAAGAUGAUGCCACACCAGCAGCACAGACCUUGAAGGAUAUGGGCAUCGAAAUAUUUGCUGUGGGGGUGAAAAAUGCUGAUGAAGCCGAAUUGCGCCAGGUAGGCUCAGAACCUUUGGAGAUGACCGUGUACAACGUGCUGGAUUUCCCUCUGCUCAGUUCUUUGGCUGGCCGGCUUACCCGAGUCUUAUGUGCCCGGAUCAAAGAGAAGAACAAGGAUGAAAAUACAGGCAAGCCAGUAAAAGCUGUUCCAGUGAAUACCGGUGCCCAUCUGAGUCCAACCAAUCUUGUUUUAAAGGAGGUAACAUCCAGAAGUCUGCGCCUCACCUGGAACCCUCCUGUGAUCCCACCAAAAAAAUACAGGGUGGUUUACUACCCUUCUAGGGGUGGCACACCUAAAGAGGUUGUUUUAGACGGGACGGUAUCCACAGCACAGCUUGUGAACCUGACAUCGCACACUGAAUAUCUAGUUUCCGUGUUUCCCAUUUAUGAAAAUGCUGUCGGAGAUGGACUCAGAGGCAUCACCUCAACCUUGCCUCUUUCCGCACCUGCUUCCCUCCGAGUUUCGGAGAUCAGCCACAACAGCCUUCGAUUGACGUGGCAACCAGCCGAUGGGGCCACUCAGUAUCUCGUUCUUUGUUCCUCUGCCCCCAGCGGAGCAGAAGAUGACACGAAAGAGGUGAAAGUAGAGCAACCUGAAGUUCUCCUCAAGGGGCUGUCCCCCAACACUGAAUACUCACUAGCGGUGUAUGCCUUAUAUGGAGAGGAUGCCAGCGAUCCUGCGAGCAUGCAAGAAACCACUUUGGCCCUAAGCCCUCCAAAACAACUGCGUUUCUCCAACAUCAGCCAUGCCUCUGUCCGGGUCAACUGGGAGGCGGCUUCACAUGCUGUGAAAACACACCGUGUGACCUAUAUCUCCAGCUGGGGGAGCAACAGUGGAGGGGCGGAUGUUCCUGGCAACGCCUCCUAUGCUGUGCUGAAGCCUCUCUCGUCCCUGACUCAGUAUUUCGUGAGCGUGGUCUCCAUUUAUGAUGAAGGCGACUCCUUUCCAGUAACAGGCAAUGUUACUACAUUAAAGGUGCCACCGCCAAGCCAUCUGAAGGUCACGGAGCUCCCCGGAGGAGAGGCACGCCUGGAAUGGGAAGCUUCAGCGGCAUCUGACGUAGUAGUCUAUCAGAUCAAAUGGAGUGUGGUCGGUGAAGAGAAGGCACAGGAGCUGUCUGUCGCUGGGAACCUGGCUUCUUCUCUUUUGUCCGGCCUGAAAAAGAACAACGAGUACCAGAUAUCCAUUUGGGCCUAUUACAAAGAUGGAGCUCGGAGCGAUACCGUCUCCGUUCGGCACAGGAUCACUGCCAAGAACCCACCUACUCACCUUGUGGUUGACUCAGAAACACCAAGCAGCCUUCAGAUCCACUGGAACCCACCCGACGGAGCCGUGCAGCACUACCGACUCACCUACGCUCCUGAAAGUCGUAACAACAAGCACCAGGAAAUGAUAACGGUUUCGGGGAGGAGCAGAUCUGUCACCCUUCACUCGCUCCUUCCAAAUAGAUUAUACACCGUGUCAUUGUCUGCAGUUUAUGCUACAGGAGAGAGUGACCCCAUCUCAGUUGUUGGCCAGACAGCUUCCAUUUUGGCCAGACUGCCCACAACUCGAGACUCUGUUUCUUUCAAAACUGAAGACUGCCCCACUCUUGACUCCACGGAAGGCUCUCUGCAAGGUUUUGACAUGAUGGAAGCAUUUGGGCUGACUGAGAAGGAGUAUGCGUCCAUCAGAGGGGUUGCGAUGGAACCUUACAUCUUCUUGGGCACUCACAUCUACACCCUCUUCCGAGAUAUCCAGCUGACCCAGAAGACAAGUGAAGUCUUUCCAUCUGGAAUUCCUUGGGAAUACACCAUCACUUUCCUUCUUCGCCUUCUGCCAGAAAGUCCCAGGGAAGCUUUUGCAGUAUGGCAGGUCACCGAUGAGGACUUCCAGCCUCUUCUUGGCAUCAUACUUGGUCCCAAUAAGAAAUCCCUGAUCUAUUUCCAUCGGGACCAUGAAGGCGAUGUCGAGGAAGUCAGCUUUGACCAGCAGGAAGUCAAGAAGAUAUUUUAUGGAAACUUCCACAAGGUGCAUGUAUCGGUGAGCCGUUCCAAGGUCAAGCUCUACAUUGACUGCAAGAGAAUAGCUGAGAAACUGCUCGGGACCUCAGAGACCAUCUCGACAGCUGGCUUUGUUAUGCUGGGGAAACUGACAAGGACACGAGGGCCGAGAAGUGGCUCAGCAGCGUUUCAGCUGCAGUCCUUGCGGAUCGUGUGCGGCACCUUCUGGGCUGAAGAAGACCGAUGCUGUGAUGUCCCAGCCCUGAGGGACGAAGAGACAUGUCCCAGUCAACUGCCUUCCUGCAGCUGCACAUCAGGCAUCCCUGGCCUUCAGGGCCCCCCAGGCCCUCCAGGCAAUCCAGGAAGGCGAGGACCACAGGGAGAACAAGGUGAGCCAGGGCCCAAGGGUGACCCAGGUCCACCGGGGCAAGUUGGACCAGAAGGUCCAGGAGGACAUCAGGGGACACCCGGUUCCCAAGGACUGACCGUGCAGGGCCCUAUCGGACCUCCAGGUAUUAAAGGGGACAAAGGAGAUGAUGGCAGCCCUGGGAUACAGGGUAUAAUGGGUCCCCAGGGAGCUCCAGGGAAAGAUGGGAUUCAAGGACCAAAGGGCGUUCGAGGACUUGAAGGCACAGCUGGGCCACCAGGACCUCCGGGACCCAGAGGUUUUCAAGGGGCAGCAGGUGUCCGGGGCAGCCAAGGGGACAAAGGUCCCCCCGGAGAUAUUGGACCAACAGGACUGCCUGGUCCAAAAGGAGAACGGGGAGAGAAAGGUGAAGCACAAUCCUUGGCUACAAUCUAUCACCUAGUUAAUCAGGCUUGUGAACGUCUGAUCCAGUCUCACGUGUUAAAGUUUGACUCGUUCAUCCACGAACAUUCGCAAAAGCCGGUUCCCAUUUGGGAGGAGAAGGUGAAGGCAGGAGAACCUGGGCCACCUGGUCUCCCCGGCCCCCCCGGCAUGAAAGGGGAAAGAGGAGAGGUUGGAAUGCCUGGGCAGCCUGGCCGAGACGGAUAUCCAGGAGAAAGAGGUGCCCCUGGACCCAAGGGGGAGAAAGGUGUUGCCGGACCAAAUGAAGAAGGCCCUCAAGGAGCUAGGGGUCGAGCAGGUCCCACAGGGGAAGAGGUGCUCGGCAAGCAAGGUGCAAAGGGAGCCCCCGGAAGCACAGGCUCCCCUGGGUUUCCUGGAAUGAGGGGUCAGCCUGGAGAACCUGGUCCUGCCGGUGGCUGUCUCCCUUCAGGAUGCUAUGAUGAAAUCUUAAGAGAUGUAGACAUGAUCCCCUGACGGUGGUGUACAGGCUGCUGCAAACUCCAUGCCUGUUACUCCUGCUGUAAAUGCUGGUAUCAAAAGGACAGCUGAAAUAUGACGUUCCACAUUUCCUCUUGCUCGGUGGCACCAUUUUAAAAAAACUUUCUGUCUGAUCUAUUGAGCAAAAGUGUCAGUUUGCUCUCAGUUAACGGCCAUGCUAUAUACCCUGUUACGUGUCCUAAGUAUUUCAUCUCAGGUAUCCAGUUGGCCGUAUACCCAGCAGGGCAGUUAAAACAGUUUUAUAUACUUGCAGUGCAUAAUUUGGUGCAAUCAAGACUUCAUAA